CCUCAAGCAACAGCAAUAGUGGCCAGCAGGGCGGCAGUAGAAAGCAGUUGUCCCCUGGGCCAGUUCCCUUGUGGGAACAUCAGUGUGUGUCUCCCUCAAGCACUGCAGUGUAAUGGACACAAAGACUGCCACAACGGAGCUGACGAGCGACACUGCGGAGACAACACUGGAUGGGCAGACUUAUUUGGUCGAACACUUCAGACGGCCAACCCUGUGGACCGCUCCUUCUUAGACGGGUGUUACUUACAGGAGUAUCCAGAGAUGUGUGACUGCAUACAGACAGAGGUGGAGUGUGUGGAAGUUAGCCUGCAGGAUGUGCCUCAACUCUCUCCUAAUGUUACUUGGCUUUCCCUGAGGAGCAAUAAGAUUCAACUGUUGUCCGACAACGUCUUCUCAAAAUAUUCUGCCCUCGAGAGACUGUUUCUGCAAAACAACGGCCUCCAGACAAUAUCCCGAUAUGCCUUCAGUGGUCUGUACAUGCUCAAGCGGUUGUUUCUAAGUGAGAACUUAAUAACAUCACUUAGUCCUGGUGUGUUCAGAGAUCUCCAUCAACUACAGUGGUUGGUGUUGGAUCAUAACCCACUGAGGAGCCUGUCUCAGGACACCUUUGUUGGGCUCCAGUCCCUCAAGUACCUAUCCAUGGUGGACAUCUCUCUGCAGUGGCUUUCUCAUACCAGCUUCUGUCAGCACAUGCCUGCCUUGGACUGGCUAGACCUUGUGGGGAACCAGAUUAAAACGCUCAACCAUUCCAUCUUGAAGACCUGCAGCAAGCUUGAAGUUCUUUUGCUGAUGGACAACAAGAUCAGAACUGUCCCUGAAAACACCUUUCAGUCUCUCUGGAAACUUGCUGAGCUGGAUCUAUCUAGCAACAGGAUCAGUGAGCUGCCCAAGGACAUCUUUAAGAGUCUUUCCAAGUCUCUCCUUAAACUAAAUAUUUCCCACAAUCCCCUUCUCCACAUCCACCAUAGCCACUUUAACCACCUGACACAUCUACAGUCGCUAGCAUUGGAGGGGAUGGAAAUCCCAGAUAUCCAGACUAAGAUGUUUCUGCCUAUGGGAAACUUGUCUCACAUCUAUUUCAAGAAGUUCCAGUACUGCUCCUACGCCCCCCACGUCAGGUCCUGUAAGCCAAACACGGAUGGCAUCUCGUCCUUUGAGGACCUGUUGGCCAACAUCGUGCUGAGAGUGUCUGUCUGGGUCAUGGCCUUCAUCACCUGCUUUGGCAACCUCUUCGUCAUCGGCAUGAGGUCACUAAUACAGGCUGAGAACAAUUUGCAUGCAGCCUGCAUCAAAGUUCUCUGCUGUGCCGACUGCCUGAUGGGCGUGUAUCUUUUCUUCGUGGGAGUGUUUGAUGUUAAAUUCCGGGGACAGUACAAUCGUAAUGCCCUGCUCUGGAUGGAGAGUGUGGAGUGCCGGACCAUCGGCUUCCUGGCCAUGCUCUCCUCAGAGGUGUCUGUUCUCUUGCUGACCUACCUGACCCUGGAGAAGUUCCUGGUAAUCGUCUUUCCCUUCAGCAACCUGCGCCCAGGGAAGUUACAGACUGCGGUGGUCUUGGCUUCAAUCUGGCUUCUGGGGUUCAUCAUUGCCGCUGUGCCGUUAAUGGAUGAGAACCUGUUUGGGAACUACUAUGGACGCAAUGGGGUCUGCUUUCCCCUGCACUCCGACAGACAAGAGAAGCCCACCGCCAAAGGAUACUCCACGGGAAUUUUCCUGGGUCUGAACCUGGUGGCGUUCCUGGGGAUCAUCCUCUCCUACUCUAGUAUGUUCUACUCCAUAUACAAGACUGGCAUCAACGCCACAGACCUGAGGAGCAGACUGCACAGAGACGUGGCAGUGGCAAACAGGUUCUUCUUUAUAGUGUUCUCCGACGCCCUCUGCUGGAUUCCCAUAUUUUUGGUCAAAGUCCUUUCGCUGUUGGAGGUUGACAUACCAGGCACCAUCUCAAGCUGGGUGGUGAUCUUCAUCCUUCCCAUCAACAGUGCCCUCAACCCCAUCCUCUACACCCUGACCACCAGCUUCUUCAGAGAGCAGGUGGAGCUCCUGCUCUGUCGCUGGCAGAGGAGGUCCACUCUGAAAAAAGACCGCAAAAAUUUUACCUCUUCCACCAUCUUCAUGGAGACCUCGCGGCCUUCCUGCUAUCAGCCACCAGGCUACAUUCCCCGGGUCUCACUGAGGGACACAGAUCCCCGCUAUGGUUGA